AUGCACUGCCCUCUCCGCAGCUUCACCCCCUCCCUCCGCCACGGCUACGCCACCAAAUACACCGGCAAAGUCGUCACGACCACCAACAGGGGCCGCCGCACCACCAUCGAGGUCUCGGUCGCCUCCCCCGCCCCCUCCGACGCCCGCGGCUACCCCCUCCCCCGCCGCGAGCUCAUCUGCAGGGUGGCCAGGAUCCUCCAGUCGGAAUCCUCCUCCGCGUCGUCUCCCGACCCCUUCCUCGACCUCUCCGAGCUCCUGCAAACCCUGGGCGUGACCCCGACGCCCGCCGAGGUCUCCGAGAUCCUCAAAUCCCUAAAAUCCCCAACCCUAGCCCUCGAGCUCUUUCACUUCUGCUCCGCCAGUGUCCCGAAUUUCCGGCACGAUGCAUUCACCUACAACCGCAUCCUGCUCAUCCUCUCGAAAUCGUAUCUCCCCGAUAGGGUCGACAAAAUGAAAGAGGUAAUCGAUCGGAUGGAGAAAUCGGGGACCUCCGGCAACAUCUCCACCGUUAAUAUCCUGAUUGGGGCUUUUGAUGGCGUCGAUGGGCUGGAAACAUGCCUGAAUCUGGUGAAGAAAUGGGAAUUGCAGUUGACGUGCUAUACGUACAAGUGCCUUCUGCAGGCCUACCUGAGAGCGUACGAUCUGAACCGUGCGUUGCAGGUCUACAGAGUAAUGUCGAGGAAAGGGUACAAGCUGGAUAGCUUCGGGUACAACAUGCUGCUUCACGCCCUUGCUAAAGAUGAACAGGUUGAUCGGGUCCACCAGGUGUUUGACGAUAUGAAAAGAAGGCAUUGCGGGCCGGACGAGUAUACAUACACCAUUCUCAUAAGGAUGACUGGGAAGCUGGGAAAGCCCAAAGAGGCACUAUCUUUGUUCGACGAGAUGCUCUCGAAGGGCAUCAAACCCAAUUCCAUGGCUUAUAGUACUAUGAUUGAGGCCUUGGUUAGGGCCCGAAUGGCCGACAAAACCAUGGCCCUUUUUUCCAAGAUGGUGGAAGACAAUUGCAGGCCAAACGAGUUCACGUACAGUCUCGUCCUCAGUGUCUUGGCCGCCGAGGGCCAGCUGGGCAGGCUUGACGAGGUCGUCAAAAUAUCCAAUAAAUACAUGAACAAGUCGAUCUACGCAUACCUUGUUCGAACACUCGGCAAAUUAGGCCACGCGGCUGAAGCUCAUAGAUUAUUUUGCAACAUGUGGACUUUUCACAGUAAAGGAGAUAGAGACGCGUAUCUAUCCAUGCUGGAGACCCUAUGCAACACAGGUAAAUUCGUGGAGGCCAUAGAUAUGUUGGAUAAAACGCACGAGAAAGGAAUCGCGACCGAUACUCUGAUGUACAACAUGGUCUUCUCGGCCCUCGGCAAAUCGAAAGAGAUACCCCACAUCCUAGACCUGUACAAGAAGAUGAAGGACGCGGGCCCCACACCCGACAUUUUCACAUACAACAUUCUGAUUUCUAAUCUCGGGCGAGCCGGGCGGGUCGAGGAAGCCGUUCGGAUUUUCGAAGAGCUUGAGUGUAGCGAGUGCAAGCCGGAUGUUGUUUCGUAUAAUUCGCUGAUUAAUUGCUUGGGGAAAAACGGGGAUCUUGACGAGGCCCACGUGAAGUUCAAGGAGAUGCAGGAGAAGGGUUUGGAUCCGGAUGUGGUGACUUACAGCACGCUGAUAGAGUGUUUUGGGAAGACAGAUAAGGUUGAGAUGGCGUGUAGCUUGUUUGAUGAGAUGAUUGCAGGGGGUUGUUGUCCUAACCUGGUGACGUACAAUAUUUUGCUCGACUGUUUGGAGAAGUCGGGGAGAUGUUCGGAGGCUGUUGAUAUGUACCAGAAGCUGAAGGAGCAGGGUUUGACUCCGGACUCGAUCACUUACUCUAUUCUCGAGAGGUUGCAGAGUGGUUCACAGAGGAAGCAUAGAAUCCGAAAGCAGAAUCCGAUUACUGGCUGGAUUGUGAGUCCGUUGAGGUGA